AUGGCCAACCUAUUUGAUGAAGACUUUACCCCAUUUGAUCAUUCAUUUGAGGUAUAUUUCUUUGAAAAUUUAAAUGGCUCUAUUUUGUUUAGUUUAUUGAGAAACUUCCAUUUUGCCUAACAAUGUCCUAUUUGAGCAAAUGCCACCUUAUAUGCCCUACCCUCCACCGAGUAAUCCAGAAGACCUGACACGAGAAGCGCCCCUUGACUCAACUGCUGUUGAAUUUGAAAAAAACGUUGGGUGUUCAUCACGGAUUAGUGAUGACAGUGUUCAUGACGUCGAUGGUAUUUAUAGUUUCCUUUUAAUUGAUUAUAGUUUCUAUAUUUUCUUUUUAUGCUAAUCCAUCCAUAUUUGAAUAAAUGUAAAAAUGGUCUUCGACAUAAAUGAAGAUUUAGAGAGUACCACUGUUGUCCAAGAAGAUGAGGUAUAAGUUGAUGCACCCAGAUCCGGUAUGGAAUUAGCAAGUGUGAAAGAGCUGACAGCCUACUAUAAGCAUUAUGUGAAACAAGAGGGUUUUGGUGUACGGAUACAGAGGACUAGGAGAGAUGAUGAUGGGAGGCCAGUUUAUGUGACUGUUGGUUGUGCCCGUGGCGGAAAGUACCAACCUAAGAACAGUAAUAUGUCAAAGCCACGGCCAACAACUAGAAUAGAUUGUAAGGCCAGAGUAAAUGCGACGUUGAGUAAGACUGACAAGUGGGUUUUCACCACUGUAGAAAAUAUACACAACCACAUAAAUGUAAGCCCCAAGAAGACUAGGCUAUUGCGAUCUCACAAGGUUCUAGAUGAAUAUAGCCAAAGGGUCCUCGACUUGAAUGAUCGAGCCGGUAUACGAAUGAACAAGAACUUUUUUUCUCUUGUCGUUGAUGCAGGGCUUUUUGAGAAUCUUCAGUUUCAAGAAAAAGAUUGUCGGAAUUAUAUUGAUAAGACAAGACAUUUAAGGUUGGGUAAAGGAGGUGGAGAUGCACUUAAUCAGUAUUUCAAAAGAAUGAGAGACAAGAAUGAUGGGUUCGUUUCUAUCAUGGACGUGAAUGAUGAGGGGAGGCUACGAAAUGUCUUUUGGGCUUAUGCUCGUAGUCGAUGAGUAUUUUGGCGACGUAGUAACCUUCGAUACUAUGUACCUAACAAAUAGGUAUGCGAUGCCUUUUGCUCCAUUCGUUGGUGUUAACCAUCAUGGGCAGUCCAUAUUACUAGGGGCAAGAUUGCUUUCGAGCGAGGACACACACACUUUCAUCUGGUUAUUCCAAAUGUGGUUGGAUUGCAUGAAUGGUCAGGCCCCCUGUUCCACCAUAACCGACCAAGAUCGGGCAAUGAAGAGUGCUAUUGCCAUUGUAUUCCCCAACACUCGUCAUAAAUAUUGUUUAUGGCAUAUCGUGUGCAAACUUCCAGAGAAGUUGGGGUCUCACGCCAUGUUCAAUGUGGGGUUGAAGACUAACAUUCAGACAGCAUUAUAUGAUUCACAGACCAUCACCGAAUUUGAGGAGAGUUGGGGUGAACUACUUGAGAAGUAUGAUCUAGAUAGCAAUAAAUGGCUCCAAGCCUUAUACGAGGAAAGGUCUUUUUGGGUUCCAGCUUACUUGAAAAGUGAAUUUUGGGCUGGUAUGAGCACGACCCAAAGGUCAAAAAGCAUGAAUGCAUUUUUCGAUGGGUACGUGCAUUCCGGAACGACAUUGAAUGAAUUUAUUGAUCAGUUUGAUAAUGCACUUAGAAAGAAGGUCGAGGUCGAGACAAUUGCUGAUUUCAAAUCUAUCAACCAGACUAUUCCCUGCGUAUCUCACUUCAACAUUGAGAAGCAAUUCCAAUCCGUAUAUACAAAUGCAAAAUUCAAAGAGGUCCAAAGGGAGUUGCUAGGCUUAAUGGCUUGUAAUUGUUUGUUGGUAAGCACAGAAGGGUCAAUUUUAAAAUACGAUGUGUUGGAUGAAAUUUCUACUAACGAGCUCAUUAAAACAGUCAAUUACUCAAUAUACUUUAACAAAAAGGAGGUGGAUGUGCGAUGCAUGUGUGGACUAUUUGGAACGAGGGGGAUUCUAUGUAGGCAUGCACUUAGAGUUUGUCAGUUGAAGAAGAUUAAAGAGUUGUCAAAUGUAUAUGUGUUGGAUCGCUGGAGAAAGGACUUAAAGAGGAGAUACACAUUACUCAGGAGUAGUUACGAUGACACAGGUGACAGAGAGGAUAGUCGAAAUUAUGAGCUUGUUGUUAAGAGAUGUUUGAAAUUAGCAACCAAAAUAGCCUCAAAUAAUGAAAAAGUCCAUGCAUUCCUACGUGUUGUUGAUGACUUUGAGACAAAAUGUGAAGACUCAACACUAGACUCGACACUCAAACAGACGAAGGAGAAAGCAGAUGUGGUAUUGGAUAAGGGGAAGAAGAUAUUAAGCCCAAAUGUGGUAAGAGAAAAAGGGAGACUCCCAAGUAAGAGGAAGGUUCCACCCGUGGAAAAGAUGGCCACAAAGAAAAUUAAACGGUAAAAUCUUGGUAGAUGAAACAAAAUUGGAUGACAACCCGGGAUCUCAACAGCCCCAAUUUGCUGAUGGGGUAUACAUUGGGACACAAAACAGCAUUAUUACACAAUCCACUCCACCAGGAAAUGAGAAUUUGUGAAUAAUGGUCGGGCACACUUGGGGAAUUUUUUGAAACCAUUUGGAGAGGGAAUGGUGAGCUUGUACAGAGGGUUGGAGCCUUGUGAAUAGAAUUUUUUGCUAUAAGUGGAAGUUAAACUUGUUCCUCUUUAUACCUUCCAAAGUGAGGAAAUCAUACAAAACAUCAUCUUCAUUAGAACCAACCCCAGAACCAACCGCUGAGAGCAACUACAGCAAGCCCCUCAAGAUCCGAUUCUUAGAGAACAUCAAGGGAACCACAUUUUAUGGUUGUUUUGUGAAAUUUGUAAAAUACUAUUUGAACUUGGUAUAUUGGUUUUGGAGGGGAUGGGGCUGAGUUGUAAGAUUGGCCUUAACUUUCGGGUUUUGAUGGGUAUGUCAAUACUCAGUAAUUGAUUGUGUUGGAAAUAUGUGUGUCAAUGGUCAG